AUGCUAUUAAACCUAGAUCUUAUCCAUUUUUUGAUAACAAACAAUAGUCAACUAAUAAAUGCUCCACUUUCAGGUCAACUGUAUAAUAUAUUUUCCUUAUUCAUUAUUCAAAGAAAGAACCAAGUUGCUAGAAAUUUAAAAGGUCCAAUUGCAGAGAACAAUGAUAAGUAUGAUAAUAGUCUAACAUUUAAUGAAUUUUCAAAGGAAUUGAUGAAUAUUUCUAAUGUAGCAGAAGGAUCAUUGUUUUUUAAAGAAAACACUGCACUAUCAACAGAGGAUCAGUUUUUAGAAUUUAUUGAUACAUUCCCAUUGAAGAUACUAUACCAUAAAUUAACAUCUCAAGAUGAAAAAGAUUUGCAUGAAGAUUCCAGACUUAUUGAAGCAGAAUUAAGUAGGAAAAAUAGCAUAGCGAAUAGCGAUCUAAGUCUGUUAGAUAGGUUGAUGAAAGCUUUAGAUGAGCCAAAAAAGGAUGCUUCAGAAAGUUCAUGGAAUAAAAACUUAUUAGAUAGAUUAAAUACCCAAUUGAAUACCAAAACAGGUUCUAACAUAUUGGGCAAAGAGAGAUCAGAAAAGACAAUAUUAAAAACCGAAUAUAUCUCCACUUGUAAAGAUCCUAAUCAUUCGUCUAUGCUAUCAACAUCAGUUUACAUUGUAAAUAAUAAAAUUGUAUCAAUUCAAUGGUCUAAAAUUAAUAAAUGUGAAUUGGAGUCACCAGGAUUUUUAAAAUGUAUUUCAAACAAAAUACACUAUUUGCCAAACUUAAAACCACAGACAGAUAUUUCGCUGGGUGAUUGUUCAUAUCUAGAUACCUGUCAUAAAUUAAACACAUGUAGAUAUAUUCAUUAUUUGCAAUAUAUUCCAGAAAGUUUGAUGAAUAAAAAUGUCAAAAGUAUUGCUGAAGAGAAUGAGCAAAUUCUAAGUCAAAGAAAGGUCCCAUUUUAUAUUCAUGGUAACUGUUGCUCAAAUUAUACAAAAGACAAGCUACCGUCUCAGUGGAUUUGUUGUGAUGUGAGAAAAUUUGAUUUCAAGAUUCUAGGUAAAUUUUCUGUUGUAAUUGCUGAUCCUGCAUGGAAUAUUCACAUGAAUUUGCCAUACGGUACUUGUAAUGAUAUAGAACUAUUGGAAUUGCCACUGGAUGAAUUGCAGGAUGAAGGCAUUUUGUUUCUUUGGGUGACUGGUAGAGCCAUUGAAUUAGGCAAAGAAUCAUUGGUCAAUUGGGGAUAUAAGGUGAUAAAUGAAAUGGCAUGGAUUAAAACUAAUCAAUUAGGACGUACAAUUGUUACUGGUCGUACUGGGCAUUGGUUAAACCAUUCAAAGGAGCAUUUACUUGUUGGAUUAAAGGGUCAACCAAAGUGGUUGAAUAAAAAUAUUGAUACCGAUAUUAUUGUUUCCACCACUCGAGAAACAAGUCGAAAGCCUGACGAACUAUAUGGCAUAGUUGAAAGAAUGGUAGGUCCACAUGCUAGAAAAUUAGAAAUAUUUGGUAGAGAUCAUAAUAGAAAGCCUGGCUGGUUUACUAUUGGUAAUCAGUUAAAUGGCACAUGCAUUUAUGAAUUAGAUGUCAAAAAUAAAUAUGAUCAAUUUCUCAAACAGACUACAGCACAUAAUUCAACUGGUGCUAGUCGUGAUAAAAAGCCAACUAAAAAAACCUCUUCAAAUAGGCAUACAAAUUAUAAUGCAACUAAUAAUACCAAUAAUGGAAAUAAUGAUAGAAAUAAAAAUUCUAGCUCUCGUUAUCACUCUAAUUCUAAUAGUUCGACCUCUAAUAAUGGAAACCAGUACAAUUAUUCAAAUCGUCAUCAACAAAAUCGUUACAGUGAAAGUAAUUAUAAUUCUAAUUCUUAUCAUGCUUAA